AUGUUUUCCGUGUUGGAUCUGUUUCUCUCUGCUGGGAUUUUCAGGGGGAAGCGUUCCGUGGUACUUAGCCGAACCCUCACUCCUUUCUUCCCCUCUUCUUCUCCUAUUUUGUCCUGUGGUCACUUCCUUUGGUCACUUCCUUCACGUCUCUGGCCAACCUGCGACAAACAUUCUUGGAUCGAAGAGCACCCUCAGUCAAGCCUUGAUGUUCUUUCAUCUAAGGACCAUGUUUCUUCUCCAGUUUUCCUAGAUCAUCCAGCCCUAAGUGGAAAUUCUGCGUCGUCCACGAGUGUUUUCCCCCCUCUAUACCCGUCGACAUAUGCUAAUUGGCCGCAUAACGCCACGACACGUCACUUAUUGGUGCAACCCCCGGUUGAGCUAUCACGUUACCUGUCUAGGACCUUCCAGAUAGACCUCCUACGCAGGAGAGCAGCUGUCUCCGUCAGCUUCCUGUCCGGCUUCUUCCAUGAGAUAAACCCGGGUCUGAUGGCUUCACGCUACGCAUGCAGAGCGUGCCUCCCUCCGCCGGGGCAGCCUGUUCUACCGCUCUCUCCAAAGCUAUCCCCAUAUCCCCCUUCCGUUGAGAUGUCCUCCAAGUCAUCCUCCGUCGUAUCCUGCGGCCACGUCCAAACAGACGUGGUGGCUUUCCCCCCAACGAAAGGGAUUUCCCUUAACUCUCCACCCAGCGAAGGCAUAAACCACCAGGAAGAAUGUCCACAGCGUAUCCCAGAUGGUAACAACCAGCCGGGGAGCACACCUCCAGCCCAAAGGCAGCCCUCAAACUGGGACACCAAGGACCCCCAGACUAAAGCCUCAUGGAAAGUAUCCAGCCUUCAUAGACCCGGCCCUCGUCUACAGGAGUCGACAAUCUAUCCUCCCGUUUACAGCUGUCGUUCCCAUUCCCAGUCCCAUCCGCUAAUACAGUUGCAUGGUUUCACCAAGCUAGUGGUCGGAGUCGUCAAGGCGCACAAAAUCAGUCCUGGCCACCAACGUGAAUGUGCUGUACAAGUCUCGGUCGACAUAAUACUACGUCCAUAUUACACUCGUACGCAGCGUAGACACAUCAUGGGGGUCCAUGCUCAGUUUCAUCAUAUCUGUGGAGGUCCAUAUACAGUCCUGACCUCCACCAAUUUCCCCACCCUUGAUUGGCUUGACCACGCUAGCCCAAGUCACAAAUCCGACCAAUCGCGAGGUGGUGCCUGGAUCCCAGACAAGGAGAGCCUCAGGUUUGGAGCUUGCAGCCUAAAUCUUGGCCGUCAGGCGAGGCAAUAUUUGGUUGAGCUCCAAGAUUGA